UAAUGUGGUUGAUCAUGAAGGUUUUUGUCUUGCAUUUUGUUGUUUUACUUAUUCUCUUCGGUGUCUCGCCUAGCCAAGCUGCUACUCAUAACUAUUCAUUUGUGGUCAAAGAAGCUUCAUAUACAAGACUCUGCAGUACCAAGGAUAUUUUGACAGUAAAUGGUCUAUUUCCAGGACCAACCUUACACCUUCGUCAGGGAGAUACCGCCAUUGUUCAUGUCCAUAACAAAGGAAAAGAAAACAUCACUAUUCACUGGCAUGGAGUUUUACAGCCAAGGUACCCAUGGUCAGAUGGUCCAGAGUUCAUCACUCAGUGCCCUAUCAUGCCUGGAAAAUCUUUCUUCCAAAAGGUCAUAAUCACGGAAGAGAUUGGAACUUUGUGGUGGCAUGCUCACAGUGAUUGGUCUCGAGCAACAGUUCAUGGCGCAAUCAUUAUUUACCCCAAAAGAGGAGAUAGAUACCCGUUUCCUAAGCCUGAUGCAGAAAUUCCCAUCAUAUUAGGAGAAUGGUGGAAGAGAAAUAUAACAGAUGUGGUGGAAGAUUUUUUACAUUUUGGGGGAGACCCUGCGAAGUCUGAUGCUUUCAUGAUAAACGGCCAUCCUGGUUCUCUGAAACCUUGUCAUUUUGCAGAUACAUUCAAGUUGAAUGUGACUUCUGGAAAAACUUAUUUGCUCCGGAUGGUCAAUGCUGUCAUGAACAACCUGAUGUUCUUUGGCAUUGCAAACCAUACUCUUACCGUUGUGGGAACAGAUGGAAGCUACACAAAGCAAUUAAAGAGUGGUUACAUUGCUAUAGCCCCAGGACAAACCAUGGAUGUCUUGUUAGAAGCUAAUCAAAAACCUGAUCACUACUACAUGGCUGCUAAGGUUUAUACCAAUGUCACUGUUUUUCCUUACGACCAGAAUACCACCACGGGAAUAAUCCAAUACUUGGGAGAUUACAAUGCAACUUCAUCUCCAAUCUUCCCAAAUCUCCCAGCUGCCGAUGAUGCCAAUUCAACAUAUAACUUCACAGAAAGCCUUAAAAGUUUAGCAAGUCCAGAACAUCCUGUUCAUGUCCCAGAAAAUGUGACCACUAAUCUAUUUUUCACACUCUCGAUAAACAAUGUCUCGUGUGAACCAAAUAAUAAAUGUCAUGGGCCUGGAGACAGCCGGCUAAGAGCUAGCGUUAACAACCAAAGUUUGGUAUUGCCCCAGCUCGAUAUACUUCAAGCCUACUACAAUCAGACUCAAGGAAUUUAUGACCCUGACUUUCCCCACUUCCCACCGUUUGUGUUCAAUUAUACAGCAAAAAAUCAUCCUGUAGAACUACAAUUGCCUAAUAUAAGUACCAAAGUUUUAGUUCUUGAAUAUAACUCCACGGUCGAGAUAGUAUUCCAAGGGACGAAUCUGAUUACGGGGAUAGAUCAUCCGAUGCAUUUGCAUGGACACAGUUUCUACGUAGUUGGAUCAGGUCCUGAAAUCUUUGACAAUGUAACAGACACUCAAAACUAUAACACUGAGGACCCCCCUUUUAUGAAUACAAUUGCUGUUCGCAGGAACGGCUGGACAGCUAUCCGAUUCAGGGCCAAUAAUCCUGGCGUGUGGUUCAUGCAUUGCCAUUUCGAGCGUCAUGUAAGCUGGGGAAUGGGAAUGACCUUCAUUGUUAAAAAUGGCACUGGCCCGGGAGAACAAAUGCUUCCUCCACCUCCAGACAUGCCACCUUGUUAGAUGCUGCUGUGCCAAAUGCCAAACUUAAUAAUAUGGUUACUUUGUGAAGCAAGUGAUGAAUGGUGCAGAAUUGAAGAAAAGUGUGCUUUUAAAUUUUGUAUUCUUUUCUUGAUUUUUGAAUGAUCAUAGAUAAAAGUUUCUAAUCUAGGUGUUGAAAUGUUGCAAUAAAUCGGUUUUUUUUAGUAAA